AGGUCCAAACUGGACGGAGAUGACUAUCCGAUUCAGGUAGACACACAACCAGCCGAAAUGAGUUUGACCGACAAAGACAAGGCCACAGUCAGGGCUCUGUGGGGUAAAAUUUCCAAGUCCGCAGAUGCCAUUGGCACUGAUGCUCUGAACAGGAUGCUCUGCGUCUACCCCCAGACCAAGACCUACUUCUCCCACUGGCCAGACUUGAGUGCAGGCUCUGCCUCCGUGAGGGCCCACGGAAAGAAGGUGAUGGGUGGAGUCGGUUUGGCCGUGCAGAACAUCGACGACCUGAAAAAAGGGUUGCUGGAUCUGAGUGAGAAGCACGCCUUCACGCUGAGAGUGGACCCGGCCAACUUCAAGAUCCUGUCCCACUGCAUCCUCGUGGUGAUUGCAAGCAUGUUCCCGGCUGAUUUCCCCCCAGAGGUCCACGUUUCCGUGGAUAAAUUCUUGGCCAACCUGGCUCUGGCUCUCUCCGAGAAAUACCGCUAAGCUGCCAGCAGAGUGGGAUGCGGUCUGACAGGAGUGUCUAAAUGCAAACUGGUUGAAAAACGAAAUAAAAAUCUAAUUGCAUGCCGCCAAAAACUGAAAACA